GCUGGUUGAAGGAUCAACCAUUUGGCAUAAAAGUAAAGAAACCACUCUCGUAUCUGACUGCAAUUACUUCUCAUCUUCCCUGGUAGCCCCUGCACUGGAUGGAUGGACAUCAUGGUGGAUUACUACAAAAUUCUGGAUGUUCCCCAGAGUGCCUCCAUGAAUGAUAUUAAACGAGCGUACCGGAGCAAAGUGCUCAGAUGGCAUCCAGAUAAAAAUCCAGAUAACAGAAAAGAAGCUGAGCAGAAAUUCAAGGAGAUUGUUGAAGCUUACAAAGUCCUUUCGGAUCAAAGUACACGUGACCACUAUGAUGAGAAUAGCAAAGAUACUUCUAAAGGAACAAAAAAACCUGAGGAUGAGAAACAUUUAUCAGUGUUUGAUCAGGAUGGCAUCAAAAUAUUCUUCACCAGACAGCGUUCCUCUUCAGAUUUUUCUGUGUCAUUCUUCAGUGCUCCUAAAAGAUUCCACCACUUUUCUAUCAUGACCGCCUUCAUCAAUGGCAAAAAGAUCACAACCAAAAGACAUCUUGAGAAUGAAAGCAAGUACUUGGAAGUUGAAGAAGAUGGGAAGACGGUAUCUAUCCAUGUUAAUGGUAUUCCAGUUUAUGACAGAGAAUUUAAUGGAUCAGCAGGAAGUUUGGAUUGGGAUUGCAAGAUGGACAAGGGACGCUGUCGUCCAGACAGGUGGCGUUUCUGGACAUGUGAGAAACGGCGGUGGGCAGAUGAAUGGCGGCAAUGGGCAAAUAAAUGGCGGGACUGGGCUGAAGAGUGCCGUGAUUGGGCUGAAGGAAGGCACAAGACAAAAAAUCAGGAUAAUGCAGCAGAACAUCCAAAAGCUGGUCAAGAGCAUCUCAAGUCAGACAAGAGUUGUCCUAGGCCAGGAGGGAAGGUUCAUGGAUUUCCCAUGCCAGGGGAGGGGAAAUGUGAUUCAAAAGAAGGCCAUAGCAAGACAAAUAAAGGACCAUCUUGGUUGGAGGAGGAACACUCCAAGCCAGAGGCAGGAUAUUUUGUUUUUCCAAAACCAGGUGAGAUAAAUUCUGGGAUGGAUGAAGGGCAUCCCAGGAUAAGCAAGAGGCAACACAAACCAGAGGAAGGGAACAUUUUGCCAAAUGUUGGUAUUAUUAGGUCAGGGGAUGGACCUGCCAAUCAAGAUGAGGGACAUCAUAGAACAAAAUAUGGGAAACCAAGGUCAGAAAAUGGUCAGGCCAGGCCAGGGAAAGUGCAUUGUGGAUUACAGAAGUCAGAUCAGGAAUUUUCUAGUCAUAAAAAUUCAGAGCCCACGGGCAAUGACAUUACGAGGAAACACAUUUCUGAAUGCAACCCUCAGGCUGUUAUAAGUGAACCCCUCAUUGAGAAACAGGAGCCACAGUCUGAAGGAAGCAAGAACCAUGCUAUGAAUCCUGAAAGGAAAAAUCCAAAGGAUGAAAGAUUGGAAAUGGAAGGCCAGAAAGGUGGGACUCCAUUAGAGUCUGAACCAGAGAAGGGAGUCAAACUACAUUUUCAACAGAAAAAGUAUUUUGCUGACUGCAAACAGGCUCCUGAAGCACAAGUGGCUGGCUAUAGUGCCAUAGGGUUGCCCCUGAAAAGGAAAGAGUUCCAAAUUCAGACAAGAAGGCUAUAUGCCAAAAGAAGCAGGUCUCAGGCUAGGAACAAAAGGCCACACAGCCUUAGGAGGAACAGAUCUCAGGCAGGGAAACAUAGGAUUCCUGAUGGGCACAAUAGAAGGGAGUUGGAAGAAAAAUUCUCCUUCAAUGAAUGCAUAGAGAUGACUCCUGGUGGAAAGAUGUCACCUGCAGGUAGUAAGUUUGUUCUACCAAAUAGAAAGAAAGGCCCUCUGCCACCCCUCCAAAAAGGUGAAAUUCCCCCCCGGGCAAAAAAGAGACUGCCCGGAAGAAGGGCACACCCCUCAUCUGAAAUUCAAAGUGAAAAGCUUCAUUCUGUCUCUGAAACCAGCCAGCUUUUGAACAUACAUGGCCUACAACAAAGGAAGCUGAUGAAAUUGCCCUGGGUCAAUGCACAGCUUCCAAGUAUUCAAGGCCGGAAACUUGGAAUGAAUCAGCUCCCAAAUGUGAAUCGUUGACCAUUUGAUGGAUGCAAUCAAGCUAGCGCUGAGCAAGGUUGAUUUUCCUGGUUCACAAAUUGUGAACAUCCAGAUUUCUGCGUUCUAGCUGGAUGAUGCAGAACGCUACAUUUGCUGGGCUGCAGUAGAAAGGACAGUUCUAAGAGUUCAUGGCCAGUGAAGGAGGUAUUUUUUCCCAAUAAAGGAAAUGUAAUUCUUACUGUCCACCAAUAUGUGUAUGUUAUUGGGUGAGAAACAAGAACUAUUCUGGAGAUAUUCA